CAAUAAAGGUGUUUACAUUCAAUUUUUAUUGCUUUUGAUUUGUUUUUGUGACAAAAUCUAUCAGAAUGAGUUUCAUUCGUCUGCAAAUUCUAUUUGUGUUUGCAUUUGUAUUCCAUCAAAUCAUCGCUUUGGCUACGCCUUCAAUUGUCACCCCUUCGACAGACGCACCAAAAAUAGCUGAAUUCGACUGUCGGCAUGAAAAGAGAGAAGCGGAGUUUUCAUGGAAACUAAUUGGUGACACAUCAAACGUGGACUCUUACACGAUUGAGUACAUGAAUGCAUUCGCGUUGAACGAAUGGACGGUCGCGACAAAUAUUGAUAGAAAUUCGUACAAAAUUUCGUUGAGUCCCGGUGCCACAUUUUCGUUUCGUGUAAUUGCAAAAUAUAAAGAUGGUAAAUCUAGCGAACCAAGUGAACAAAGUGAAUUGUGUACAACAAAACAAGAUGUUCCGUACACAAACCCAACAAAUGUUGAAGUCAAGAGUGAAUCUAAAGGUACUUUACGCGUUUCGUGGACACCAAUGCCACAAUUGGAACAUAACGCACCAGAUUUCAUGUACCGCGUUUACUCGAGAGAGUAUAGAUCAGACAAUGGGUGGAAUGUCAAUAACGUAAAACCAACCGAAAAUAGUAUCACGUUAAAGUAUACAACAUUCCAUCGAAGAGAAUUCAAGGUGAUGGCUGUCAAUGCGAUGGGUGAAUCAAAAGCGACUCCAAAAGUAUUUGAUGUCUAUGUUGGUGUAGGUAGACCAAAAACGGCACCAAAGCAAUUUCGUGUAACUGUGAGUUCCGAUGUUGAUCGUUGGGUACAUGUCACAUUUACAUGGGAAAAGGUGCAAGAAGAGAACUUCAAUGGAUACGCCAAGGGAUAUCUUAUUCAAUAUUGGAAUGUAAAUAAUCCAAAUGAAGCAUUGCAAGACUUCCAGGAAUAUGGAUCAAAUGAAAUCGCCAUUAAAUUGGCGGGCAAUUGUCACUACUAUGCCACAGUUCAAGUGGUGAACGAUCAAUAUUUCGGUCCAAUUAGUAAUAUUGUUGAAUUUAAAACACCCGAUGCACUUCCAGACCAAAUAAAAGAAAUGGUUGCAACUCCAUUUGGAUCGACUGCGUUUAAAUUGCAAUGGGAUUCACCGAAAGACCCCAAUCAUCAAAUUCGUGGAUACAAUAUUUAUUAUCGAGACAUUGGCGGUGAUUCAAACGAUAAAAAGCAAAAAAUUACAAUUUAUAAUAAUAUUACGAAUUAUAAAUUGGUUGAAUUAAAACCGAGCACUAUAUAUCAACUACACCUAUACGCAUAUUCGAAUGCUGGCGAAGGAGAAGGCUUAUCUACCCAAUUGGAGACUAAAGAACCUCGCAAACCAUUAGUUCCGUCGUUCACAUGGGAACCACAAAAUGAACUUAUUGGUUAUGAUGGAAAUGUUCGCGUGAACUGGAAGCCAACUACAAAUGAUGGCUUGUCUGGAAGUCAAUUUUAUGUGAAGUUCGAAGACAAAAAGAAUCAUGACUGGUCGAAAACAAGUCGAAUUAUUAGUGAAGACUUCACUAUCAUCAAUCUAAAACCAAAAGUAACGUAUGAAGUGAUUGUUGUCUCAGUCGACGGAAACUAUGAAACGGAGAGCGAUGUUCAAUUGGUGUCAAAAGACAUUUUCGAGGGUACUGACAACACAUUUAAGAGAAAUUUGAUAAUAAUUGGCAUUGUAGUAGGGGCCAUAGUUGUUCUCGUGGGUGUAUGUUUUACUAAAAGCUUUUGUGCAAAGAAAAAGAAUACUAACAGCUCUGAAUAAUAAAAAUAAUA